AUGGCUAAUAUUAUUAUUACAACUCGUUUUCACCACAGUGGCAAGUUUGUUUCUGAUGAAGAAUAUGGUCCACGCUACAUAGGAGAAAGUGAGGUGGAAUAUGUAAGUAUGGACAAGGCCCACUUUUCUAUAUUCGAGUUGCUUUAUUAUACUAAAGAAUUUGGGUAUAUGACUGUUGGUGGGUUCUACUUUAAAGACCCUAAAAAGAAAGUCUUUAUUGAAGUAGAAAAUGACUUGACUUCGGUAAGUCUUGUUGAAGACCUAGAAGAUGGGGACUUUUUAGACUUGUAUGUGAACCAUGUUGUGGAUGAGGUAGAAGUGGUAGAAGAUAGGGUCCCAUCUAGUUUUCUUUGUGGUACAGUAGGUGAUCAAAGUAGUAAUGUGAUUGGUGAAAAUAGUAAUGUGGGUGAGAACAUAUCAACAGUUCAUGAUAUUAAUGUUGAAGGGUUACAUGAGGAACUUACCCAAACUGACAACAUAGAUAUAGAAUCUGGUGCAGAUGAACUCUCAGAUCUAGAAGGGGCUGAAACAGAUCUUGAUAGUAGUGCUGAUUCUCAAGAGUUUAAUAUACCAGAAGAUGAUGAUUCAGAGGUAGAUGAAGAGUUAAGAACUUUUAGAAAUGAAAGGAGAAACUGUGUGAAACAAAAGAAACCUGUCCAAAAUGAAGAAAUAAAACUUGGAUCAGCAGAUAGCUCAGAAGUUGAUAGUGAUGACAGUGCUGAUGGGCUGGAACCUGAAGCUGUCAGGGGUGUUGAUUUACUAGCAAGAAGGAAAAGUAAAAAGGUAAGAUUUGAUCCUGACUGUGUUGUGGCUAUAUUUGAGCUUGGUAUGAUAUUUGAAAAUGCUAAGCAAUUUAGAAAAGUUGUGGCUGAGUAUGCUGUUGAAUACAAAGUUAGAUUGAAGCUUAAGCCUAAUGAGAAACAUAGAGUUAGAGUUAGGUGUGAGGAAAAGAAAUGUAAAUGGUUGUUGUUUGCUAGUAUUGAUAAACAUUCUGGUGACUUUGUUGUCAAGCACUACUAUCCUGUACAUCCAAUACCUAAUAUGAAAAUGUGGCCUAACACAAGUGGUGUAGUGAUUGAUCCUCCUCAGCCUAGACCAAUGCCUGGCAGACCAGGAAAGAAUAGAAAAAAAGGGAAGAAUGAGCCUAAGAAGAAGUAUGGGAAGCUAUCCAGGAAAGGACUGAAAAAUUCUUGCUCCAAAUUUCAUCAAAUUGGUCAUAACAGAACUCUUUGUAAAGCUCAGGAUGGAAUGGGACAACCUGGAAGCUCUAGCCAGGCAGCAAAAUCUAGCAGGCCACCAAGCUUCAGCCAGCCACCAAGCUCUAGAAGGCCACCAAGCUUCAGCCAACCACCAAGCUCUAGCAUGACACAAAGUUUCAGCCAGCAAUCAAGCUUCAACAGUUUUAUGUGUGUUAAAUCCUUAGUAGUUAUAAGAGUGUAG